GAAAAGAAGAUAUAAAUAAGUGAGGUUAUGAUACUUGUCCAAAAUCAAAUUCACAUUUCUCAUUUAAAUUAAUUUAAGAAAAAACCAUGCCAUCUUGUUCUGCAAAAUGUGGCAGAAAUGCCAUAUUAAAAAGACCCAAAACGUCAGAUGUGUUGUGCAAGGAAUGUUUUUUUGAGGCUUUCGAAAACGAAGUGCACUUCACAAUAACUAGAGCAAAACUAUUCACACCAAAUACAACAGUAGCUAUAGCUGCUUCAGGUGGCAAGGACUCCACAGUUUUAGCCUAUGUUUUAAAAUUACUCAAUGAAAAAUAUGAUUAUAGGUUGAAAUUACUUCUUUUAUCAAUUGAUGAAGGAAUAACUGGAUAUAGAGAUGAUAGUUUAGAUACUGUUAAGCAAAAUAGGGACGAUUAUGAAAUGUCUUUGAAAAUUUUGUCAUAUAAGGAUCUGUAUGGAUGGACAAUGGAUGAAAUAGUUGCAGAAAUUGGAAGAAAGAAUAACUGUACAUUUUGUGGAGUAUUUAGAAGACAAGCCUUGGACAGAGGAGCAAAUCUUCUAAAAGUAGACUACUUAGCAACAGGACAUAAUGCUGAUGACAUUGCAGAAACUGUUUUAAUGAAUAUUUUAAGAGGAGAUUUAGCAAGAUUAAGUCGAUGUACUUCCAUAAUAACAGAUAGUGGAGAUGGAAUACCUAGAGUAAAACCUUUGAAAUACUGUUAUGAAAAAGAGAUUGUAAUGUAUGCUUAUUUUAGAAAGUUGGUAUAUUUCUCAACUGAAUGUGUCUUUGCACCAAAUGCUUAUAGAGGUCAUGCUAGGGUACUUUUGAAAGAUCUGGAAAAAAUAGACCCUACUGUGAUAAUGAACAUAAUACAUUCAGGUGAAACAAUGAAAGUAAGUGAAACAUCUAAAAUGCCAAAAUUGACGAACUGCACUAGAUGUGGUUAUGUUUCAUCCCAAGAAAUUUGCAAAGCUUGUGUUUUACUAGAAGGUUUAAAUAAAGGUUUGCCUAGGUUAGGUAUUGGAAAAUCCAGUAAAGUCAAAAGGCUAUUAAAGGAAAAUGAAGAGAAAAAUAAAUCAUCGGGUAUCUGUAGAGGUGAAGAAGAUAAAACAUGUUUAUGUUCUGGAACAGAUAGCAUGAAACCAGUUAAAAUUAAUGAACUUGUUUUAAAAGAAUUAAGGAUUUAAUUUGAAUUGAAACCCUGUAAUUUAAAUAGAUUUUAUUUUUAUAACUAUAACAAUAAAACUUAACAAAAUAUGAACAGGUUUUAUUUGAUCAAAUAUAAUAAAACCAUUUGUUUGGAGUACUGUUUUUAUCAUCAUACCUAGUUUUACUACACUGAAAUUAAUAAAAUUUACUGUACAUGAUGACAGGUAGUCAAUAAAUACAUAUUUAAAUAAAUUAAUUUAAAACCAUUGAAAUGUCAAAACUGCACCAAACUUAAAUGAAUUUGAAUCAAUUUAAUUUUACAAUUUUAUUAUAAAAUUCUAUAUUCCAUAAGCCACAUGUUUAUAAUUUAUUUCUGAUCUACAUAUGGGACAGUUCUCUGUGAUAUCUGCUGAACAGUCUUCACAUAGACAUACAUGGCCACAUGGAAUUAAUAUCAUCUGAAAAAAAUAUCAAUUUUAAUAAACAAAUAAAAUAGAAAUAACUACUAAUUAAUUCAGAAUGUUAAAAAUAGGUGUGUGCCUUUAGAUUAUAAUUUAUCUGGAAAGAUGCAUGUAGAUAACUUUUGUUAUAAGCUAGUAAAGGGGCAUUAUAUUCUGAAAAUCACAUCAACUUAUUGAAGUACAUUUUUAUAACUGAUUAGAAAUGCUAGGACUUUUGUUCUUUUAAAUGUUAUAAUUCAGAAUAAUUGCUACAUGAUAUUAUGGUAUGCAGUGUCUCAAGUUGAUUUGUAUGUCUGUAUUUAAUUAAAUAAAUCAAUGAUUGCAUCACUUAUGUACCUCCGACUUAUUGAAAUAAAGGUAAUUCUUAGCAAAACAAUUUACCUCUUUUGGAUUUGUCUUGCAAACAACACACAGCUGAUUUUCAUCAAGAUCUUCAUCUCUAAUUCGUCUCCUCCUUUCUCUUCUUGAUAAUUCUAAUUGCAUUCUUUGUUUUUCUGCAUCACCUUUUUCUUUUCUUAUCCUCAAGUAUUUCCUUACAAUAAGUCCACCUAGUACUACAGCAAUCGAGCCAAACACUAUACACAAUAUUUUAUAAUUUCUUUUAGAACCAUCAAGUUUUUUUAAUAAAGAUGUUACUCUCAUAUUAGUUAGGUAGAAAGGGCCAUCAUUUGAAGGGGGUUGUAACUUUAGAUUUCCAUCUUUGCCUGCCACCAGUUCUCCAAUACCU